AAACAUUGCUACUACCUUUUUUUUUUUUUUUAGUCACCAUUUCAAGAAAGCAUAAAUUCAUUAAUAGACUUCUCUCUUUCUCUAAUAUAAGAUCUAUUCUGCUUCUUCUUCUUCAUGGAACCUAUUGAAAAUAUCGGCGAGUAUCAUAACUAUUGGGAAACUAAAAGGUUUCUCGAAACUGAAGAACUAGAUAGGGCUGAAUUUGCAACUUACAAAUUGAUUUUGAGCAGCUGGGCUAUGGAUGAGGCGUUUUCCGGUUAUUACGACUCCAGUUCGCCGGAUGGAGCUGCUUCCUCCGCCGCAUCGAAGAAUAUUGUUUCGGAAAGGAAUAGAAGAAAGAAGCUUAACGAAAGGCUUUUUGCUCUUAGAGCUGUGGUCCCCAAUAUUAGCAAGAUGGACAAGGCUUCCAUUAUCAAAGACGCAAUUGAUUAUAUUCAAGAAUUGCAUGAACAAGAGAGAAGAAUUCAAGCUGAGAUAAUGGAAUUGGAAUCUGGGAAAUUGAAGAAGAAUUCAGGUUCUGAAUUUGAGCAAGAUCUUCCAGUUUUACUGAGAUCCAAGAAAAAGAAAAUUGAUCAAUUCUGUGAUUCUAGAAAUUGUCCAAUUGAAGUUCUUGAGUUUAGUGUUGUGUACAUGGGAGAGAAGACUUUGUUGGUCAGCUUGACAUGUAGUAAAAGAACGGACACAAUGGUGAAACUUUGUGAGGUAUUUGAAUCUUUAAAGCUCAAAAUUAUUACAGCAAACAUUACAACUGUCUCAGGGAGGCUCCUCAAGACUGUCUUCAUUGAGGCGGAUGAGGAGGAGAAAGAUCAUUUGAAGAUAAAAAUUGAAGCAGCCAUUGCAGCACUUAACGAUCCACAAAGUCCUAUGAGCAUGUAACUAUUAAUAUAUAUCGGUUGUUAUGAAUGAGCACGUUUUAUCAAGCAUGGCUGUGUGACCCUUCUAGGCUUUUCCCUUUAUCUCUUUCUGGCUUUUUUCGGUUUCCAAGUUUCUUUUUCUGGGUCAUUGUUUAGCUGAUGAAAGUCUGUUAGUUUUGUAUUUUCUUUUGUUCCUUAUCUGUCUCUUUUCUAAAAGAAAACUAAUAUUGUCCCAGUGUAUCACAUGAUAGAAAUAACCAUCUUGAUGUUUCCAAAUUCUGCCUUGA